AUGCAGGCUUCAUUUCUCGAUCAAUCUAUGGGGAGCUACGCUUUUAUCGAUACAACGGAAGCCCUAGAAGAGAUGCUAAAUGCACUCGAACCGCUACCAGCGACACCAUCUUCACUCUAUAUCGAUCUCGAGGGAGAAAACCUUUCUAGACACGGAAACGUUGCACUUCUUCAGCAGCAUGUACUUCCUACCCUUCGAACAUACCUCAUCGACAUCACGGCUCUUAAGCACGAGGCUUUCAACACUCCCGGGACCAAGGGCCACACGUUCAAGGACAUUCUAGAGUCCGAAACUAUCCCAAAGGUCUUCUUCGACGUCCGGAAUGACUCGGAUGCAUUGUACUCUCACUUCCAGGUCAAGCUCACCGGCGUACAGGACCUCCAACUGAUGGAACUAGCUGCUCGACUGGGCGGACGCAGCAAGAAAUGCGUCAACGGUCUCACUCGAAGCAUCGAGAACGAUGCACUCUUGACGCCCAUUGAGAAGGCCUCCUGGAAGUCAGCUAAGGAGAGGGGAUUGACACUCUUCGCCCCCCAGCGCGGUGGUAGUUACAGAGUAUUCAGCGAUCGCCCACUUGCCGAGGCAAUUCGGAUCUAUUGUGUUCAGGACGUACAGUUCCUCCCUCGGCUCUGGGCUCAUUAUGCACUGCGGCUCACACCGACAUGGAACAACAGAGUGCAACAGGCCAGUGCAGACCGGGUGGCUCAGUCCCAGACUCCGGGUUUCAAUGGCAAAGGGCGGCAUAUGGCACUGGCACCAGCUGGUUGGUGGUAG